CAUGUUGGAGGGCUGGUGGUAGCGGCUCGGGGAGGUGCUCGCUCUCUCGGUCUCGCUCUCUCGCUCGCUUCCCCCGGCUCCCUUCGGUGCCCCCCCCGGUCGCCUGCGUGCCGGAGUGUGUGCGAGGGAGGGGGAGGGCGUCGGGGGGGUGGGGGGAGGCGUUCCGGUCCCCGGGAGACCCGCGGAGGGAGGCGGAGGCUGCGAGGGACUCCGGGAAGCCAUGGACGUCGAGAGGCUGCAGGAGGCGCUGAAAGAUUUUGAGAAGAGGGGAAAAAAGGAAGUUUGUCCUGUCCUGGAUCAGUUUCUUUGUCAUGUAGCCAAGACUGGAGAAACCAUGAUUCAGUGGUCCCAAUUUAAAGGCUAUUUUAUUUUCAAACUGGAGAAAGUGAUGGAUGAUUUUCGAACUUCAGCUCCUGAACCAAGAGGUCCUCCCAACCCUAAUGUUGAAUAUAUUCCCUUUGAUGAAAUGAAGGAAAGAAUACUGAAAAUUGUCACUGGAUUUAAUGGUAUCCCUUUUACUAUUCAGCGACUAUGUGAGUUGCUAACAGAUCCAAGGAGAAACUAUACAGGAACAGACAAAUUUCUCAGAGGAGUAGAAAAGAAUGUGAUGGUUGUUAGCUGUGUAUAUCCUUCUUCAGAGAAAAACACUUCCAAUAGUUUAAAUCGAAUGAAUGGUGUUAUGUUUCCUGGAAAUUCGCCAAGUUAUACUGAACGGUCUAAUAUAAAUGGGCCUGGAACACCCAGGCCACUUAAUCGACCAAAGGUUUCUUUGUCAGUCCCCAUGACAACAAAUGGCUUACCUGAGAGCACAGACAGCAAAGAGUCAAACUUACAACAAAAUGAGGACAAAAAUCACAGUGACUCUUCGACAUCUGAAUCUGAAGGUUCCUCAGUGAGCCCUAUAAAAAAUAAACAUCCAGACGAAGAUUCUGUGGAGGCUGAGGGGCAUGAGGUAAAAAGACUCAGGUUUGACAAAGAAAGUGAAGUCAGAGAGACAGCCAGCCAGACGUCUUCCAGUGAAAUUCCUUCGGUUAUGGUAGAAGAGAUAGAAGCGUCGUCGCCGUCUCAGGAUAAAGAUAAGGAAAGUAGUUGUACCAGGCAGCACUGUACGGAGGAAGAUGAAGAAGAGGAUGAAGAGGAAGAAGAAGAGUCUUUUAUGACAUCAAGAGAAAUGAUCCCAGAAAGAAAAAAUCAAGAAUCUGAUGAUGCCUUAACUGUGAAUGAAGAGACUUCUGAGGAAAAUAAUCAAAUGGAGGAAUCUGAUCUGACUCAAGCUGAGAAAGAUUUACGUUCUGAAGGUAGUGAAAAUGCAGGCCCUGUAAGUAGUGGUUCUGAUUGCCAUGAAACAGAAGAAUUAGUAGGAUCCAACUCCAGUAAAGCUGGAGAGAUUCGCUCAGAAUCAUCCAUGGAAAACGACGAAGAAGCCACAGAAGUCACAGAUGAACCAAUGGAACAAGACUAACUAUUUAGAAACAUGUAGAUGCAGUAUUUUACAUACAGUUCUGGUUUUACACUGUAUAAAACUUUUAUGUAAUAAAGUGGACCUCUAGUUUUUACAAGAGAAGCAGGUUGUAAAAUAAAGUACUUUAUGGGAUAAAUCCUGAAAGAGUUGUACAUGUAAGAACUGUGAAUAUCAGCUCCUCUGGGUCCUGCUUACCGCUGACAUUUUUUUCCAGUCUGGUCAAAUCAGUGGUUUGUGUAUAGAUUUUUUUUUUAAUUAAAGUUUUUAAACUGGAAGGUAAUAAUUAUAAUUUUGAAAACCUUUUGAAGAUGAUCACAUUUAGUUUAUACAUAUGCAAGAAGUCUUUUUGUCUUGUCUCUUUCUGACAGCUCUAGUAGUUUUCAUAUUUUGGUCAUAGUUUCAACAUUUUAACAUGUGAAUUAUAGGGUUUCAUGCUGGUUUCCAGAUUUUAUUGUUUGACUAUGUACAAUGGAACUUUAAGUCAUAUAUACAUACAUAUAUAUAUAUAUUCUAAGGGGGGAAAUGUUAUAUUUUUCUGUUUCUAUAAGAGAUGAAUACAGUAGAUACUUUUUCUAUUGGUAAUGAUUGAGUUCACCUCUUUCAGAAGACAGUUUCAGUUUCUCUUCCAAGUAAUUCAAAUAAAAUCUGGCCCUUGUGAAACCCUGGAAAUAAGUCUGUUGAAAUACGAGGUUAAACACAUUCCAAGAGAUCUGUUCAAACUAAAAUUCUUUUGUAUACUUCUGAGGUGCCUGAGAAAAAGCCUUCAUUAUUUAUGAGAAAAUAUGCUUUAUCUUGGAAACUGUGUUCAAACAUUAGCUGACUUUUAUAGAAUGAAUGCUGACAUGAGACCAUCUCAGAAGAACCCGGCAGGUUCCUUGACCUUUUGCUUGCUUUCCUGAACAUUGUGAAUAUUACACAUUUCUUUCUAAAUUAUUCUAGAGUAUGCAAAUGUCAUUGGUGUGAAACCCCACUGUACUGGAAGAAUUAAUAUAUUACUAUAGUAAUGUACUGGAGCAGAAUGGCUGAAGCUUUAGGGGUGCAUAAAAACCACCAUAAUUUGUAUGACAUUUUGAAGUGAAUUAAAUAUUUUUGAACAUGCUUCUUUGACAGCCAGUGUUCUAUUUUUCAGAUUAACACAAAGCACAAUGAUUACUCUAUAAACUCAAUAUUUUCAAGUUCACAUAUUUAAAGUCAUGCAAGCUGCAGUUUCCCUGUCAAAAUUACUGGCUGCCAAAUUUAUACCUGUUUCUUCAGCUGUACCUUUUGAUAUUUAGAAUUUUUAAAUUUCUGUAAAGUAGAUUUUGUAGAAUGUAAUGUGUUCACUGCCUUUGUGAAGCGGUAUAUAAUUGUAUAAUUUCUGUGUGUAAACUGAAUGCUUGGGCUUUCAAUACAGUAUUCAUAUAAAGCAAUAAAUAUUAAUGUUAUGAAAUAUUCGAGUACAUUUUUAUCAAAAUACAGAAGAAUCCCUUUUUUAGUUUCAGAUAUCUGAAGUACACAGAUGAACUUAUAAAACUAAUGCAAACAGUUUCUGACACUGUAUCAUAACCUUUGGGGGGUGUGGGUGGCAACCACAACUUUUGCAUUUUGACUACUUAAAUUGCUAUAAUUACCAAAAUGAUUGGGUUCCAUUUAUGUUUAUAGGGUAAUAUACUACUGACUGACUUGACUGUCAGGUUCACAGCAGCUGGAUGAUAUAUUUAUGAAUAUGUCUCAUAGUUGAAAUAAAAACUGAAUAUUGAUUUACUGUGUCCAGGAGGGGAGGAAAAUCACACAUUGAAAAUUUUUGCAAAACUGUUAAAAUGAAGCAAAUUUUAAAUGUGACAUUCAUUUGUAGUGACCUAAUAUUUUGUUGAGGGAUAUUUUGCCAAUGAGAACAGAUUUUAAACGUUUUUAAGUUUAGAAAUUUUAAAUUUUUCUUUAGAAUAUUUAUGAAAUUAGUGUCAAUAAACCUAUUCUUUAAGAUCCUGUGACCUUUGAUAUUUUUUGUUUUAGUUGUGCCAUGGACCAUCUCUAAACAAGUUACUUUACUUUUGUUGCUUAUAAGUUGAAGAUUUAGCAUCAUGACUUUAAGGUCUGUGGUUUUAUUUGUAAACUUGCAAUUGCUAUUUUUGCAAGGGCAAAUGUAUUUCUUUAUUAAAUAAAGUACAAUAAUGGUGAAUGUACCAAAAUGCCAUCAUUUAACUCUAUGAGAGAUCUGCAUUUUAAUCUAUAGUUUAAUAGUUUUAAUAUUUAUUAGAUAUUCAUAUGUUGAUCAUAGAUCAAACUUGUUGCUGUUUAUACAGAUAAUUGUAGAAUGCUCCUGGAAUAUCUUCUUUAGGAUAGGUGGAAUACUUCUGUAGUUAAACUGGGAAACCUUGUUCAGCCGGUUUAAAAUAUUGAUGCCCCUUUGGAAGUAGAUUUCCGCAAGUAUGCCUAGGUGCACUUACACAGACUUUGCUUAAUAAAAAUAUCAGUUCUAAUAGUAACUGUUUCAGAUGCAAAUUUUUAAAGGCUAAUUUUAGGCACAUUUUCUUAACACACAUCAGCAAAGUCCUAUUAGAUCUAAACGAAGCAUCAAGACCUCAGUGAUUAAAAUUAUUUUGUUUUUUGGCUUUGAGCACAUUGUUUACCUGUUAGAAUCUAGACUCUGAACCCACCAUGUGAAAACUUUCAGUGCUGAUGAUACAGAGUAUAUAUGUAAGAUGUUUUUAGCACUUUCCCUUUUUAAAAUGAAAACAGUACAUUUUUGAAAAUACAUCUCUUCAGGUCUGAAAAUGUAGCAGAACAGAUGAGUAGUGGAAAAUGUCCUAUUUUAAAUGUUGAUGCAUAGACAAAUUUAAUCCAGUUAGGGUUUUAUUGUAACUACACCUUUCACAAGUGUGGACAGAGCCGUGGAAUUCCCCAUCAGGAGGCUUGUCACCCUUUGGCUUGGAAAAGCAUCCCAGAAAUCUUGCAUCAGAAGGUAGAGCCUGUGAAAGCAUGGAGGUUCAGAGUACUUUGUUUUGCUGGUGUAGAUAGGCAUGUAUUUAUGCAUUUUUGCAUUUGUAAAAUCAGUAAUUUUUCAAAUAAUGUAAAUGUAAUAUACUAGUUUACUUAUAAAGGUACUGGGCAGAAUCUAUCGCUGCUACAAUGUUUAUGAGAAAUGUAACGUGAUAAGGAUGAAAUGCAACUUGUAGAACCAAAGGAAAUACACAUUUUGGGUAGUGUUUCAAAUUGUCUUCUGAACAGGAGUUAAAUUACAUUGGUUUUGAUUAAACGAAACUCAGUUCUCUUGAGAUUUGUGCUAAUAAAAUGGAUGAAUGCAAAAACACCUUGUAAUUUUAUGUGGAAUUAUUAUAAUUAGGUUUACUGGAUUAUUGGCCUAAUAAGAAUGCUAGUAUGUAUUGGUUAGGAUACAUCUAAUAGUUCACACUUAAAAAAUAAACAGUACACUUUCUUCGGAGUUUUCUUUUAUUUCAAUCUGGAGCCUAGAUUACUUUGCCAAAUGUAUUAUUUUCAUAAUGCAAUAAAAUAUAAAUUAGAAGAA